CUGGCACUGGUGGGAGUUGGCAGAGAGCAAAGCUACAGUUUCACCUGCCCUAGGAUUUGGGGGGGCCUAGGGCUUUGCACGUGGCUCCAGGCCCGCCCCCAGCCCAGUGAGGCCCAAGAGGGGUGACGCUCACCCUGGCCCUGCCCAGCAACUCUGCCACUUUCCCAGCUGCUCCCCAAUCCCUGGUCCUGUCUUUCCAGGUGUGCUGGAUGCUCUGGGUCCCUCCUUCCAGGCCCUUCUUCACAAACAGGUCCCCAUGAGCCCCUGAGGGUCAUUGUGUCAGUAUGGGUCCCCAGCAGUGGGCCCAGCAGGUCGCAGUUCACAGAGCACUUGUCCACCAUCUCACCUCACCUGGCUGCCGCCAGGAGGGAGAUGGGACAGGCCCCGUGGUUCCCGUCUGCCUCCAAGUCUUCCCCGUAGAGGAAGUGCUUGGGGCACCAUGCCAGGGCCCCACCUGCCCCCCAUGGCCCAUGAUUGUCUGUGACAUCCUCUCCCCAUCCCUCCCCAGGUCCAGAGGGCCUGUGGGAAACAGAAUCCUGCCUGCACGCUGUGUGGGAGGAAGGGGAAGGGGCUGGGUGGGUCCUCAGACUCCCCAGGGUAGAGCAUGUCUAGCUCAGGCCCCGCAGGGCGAUGCUAAGGGGAUAUGCCUUCUUGACGGGGUGCUCUCUACCUUUGAUCUUGCAGUGACCAUGGGACCAUGCCAAGGGACCUGGCCUCAUCCACACGACUUCCUCAGAGCCAUCAGCUCUGGAGCCCGAGUGAUCAUCCCCUCCCCUUCCCUUAUGCUGCCCCGCCAUGUGUGUUUGCUGCUCCCACUUCCCGUCUGAGCCACCAGUGAUCAGCUGGGCGAUAGGACAGUAAUUGCGCAGUGGGGACAGUUGUAAAGAGAUAACGACCACGACCACGCCCAGCGGACAGUUCCACUCGCAUGCUCUCAUGAGCUCUUUGCAUGUCUUGUAUGAGGUUCAGAGCAGCAGAUAGCUCGCCCAAGCUCACCCAGCCACCAUGUGGCCAGGACAGACGUCAGCCCAAGACAGACUCCAUCCCAGGCCUCAACAACCAUCCUGCACACCCCGUCCCACCUCUCCUAUUAUCUGGUCUGGGCAGGGAAGGCUGGGGCCUGCAGAGCUUGUCCUCUCCCCCUGGGGCCCCAACAAGCAUGGGAUAGAUCCAAGUCUUGUUCAACCCAUAGGCGUGAGGGAAGGUGCGUUAGCACCACUCGCAUCCCUAUAGCGAGGCUUGUGCCUGGCAUGUUACCGGUCUCCUCGAACCCCAACAUAGCCCUCCAUGGCAGUCCUAUUGCUGUUUCUGCUUUACAGAAGAAGAAACUGAGGGUCAGAGGGGUCCCCAGGUACUGAGAAGAGGGUCUGAGUUAGGAGUGUCUGAAUCCAAAGCCUGUGCUCGUCGCCUUUCCCCAGGGGUCUGCUGGGGUGUGGAAGCCUCUGUGGCUGCUGUACCCCAAUUUCACAGCCCCUAGCAGCGUCCCUGGGUGGGCUGAGCAGCCCCCUCUGUAGGCGGUCACAGGGUGGAGUGAGACAGGAGCGCAGCCCAGUUCCCCACACUAGCCUUUCACAACCCAGCGGAGGGUGGCGUGGAGCAGGAAGGCCGAGAAAGAGGCCACAGGAAGCAUAACACUGAGCAGUGUGUGUGGGGGGUGGGGGGGUGAGGGAGGUGGGGACAGGCCACACCACAGAGCCUGGGGCCUGAGGGACGCUCAGACACAGGGCUCUGGCCAGCGUGGGCAAGCCUGCCCAAGGAUGAUGACGCCCAGGGCCCUGGGGGUCCUGCUUUUCUCGCUCCUCUUGCUCUGGGCCUCAGGCAUGAAAAAUUCUAACAACAUAAGUGAGCAAUGGAGGAGGAAAACUGAGCAACGGAGAAACGUCUGCCUGGGGCUCGUCAAUGCGAACCAAUAUGAAGAUUUCUACCUGGAGAACACUGCUGACUGCUUCACAAAGUGCUCGGAGUCAAGGAAUGAAUCCUGUGACCUGGAAAACUUGCAGAGGUACUGGCUAAAAUUCGAGUACCAUCUGCUGGAGAGUCCGACGAGCAUAGUGAAUAUGUCUUUUUUGAAGGCUGCUGUCCAGAAUAUCAGCACCCACAUCUCAGAAGACCUGUUCUUCUCCCUGACACCUUCCCAGGUUCCAGGGCUGGUGACAGAGGACGAGCAUGAACACCCCGACAGAGUCCGGCUGCCCAGGAGUCUCUUUGAAUCCCUGCAGGAGAACAGGUCGGAGGUCUUGCUGGCCAUCACUAUCCUGGACGUCGGUCCGGGGAAUCUGUUCAAGGGCCCCCAGCUCAGCCUGGAGGACGGCAGCCGCGUGUUGAAUAAUCGCCUGGUGGGCCUGAGCUUAGGCAGUAUACCUGUCAGAAGGCUGGCUGAGCCUUUGGAGAUCACCUUCUCCCACCAGCACCUACCCCCAAACAUGGCCCUCAGCUGUGUGUUCUGGGAUGCGACUAAAGGAGACUGGUCUUCCAUGGGCUGCUCCACGGAGCUCAGAGCCAGGAAGACCAUCUGUCGCUGUGACCAUCUGACCUUCUUCGCUCUGCUGCUGAAGCCGAUCUUGGACCAGGCCACCGUCCAGUCCCUCAUUCGCAUUUCCCAGGCUGGCUGCGGAGCCUCUAUGAUCUUCCUGGCCUUUACCAUUGUCCUCUACGCUGCCCUAAGGUGCUACUGGCAGAGGUUCAAGUCAGAAGACGCCCCCAAGAUCCAUGUGGCCCUGAGUUUGAGCUUGUUUCUCCUGAAUCUCACCUUCUUCUUCAAUAUGGGGCACGGUCCCCAGCUGUCGGGUGCCACCUGCCGGGCCCGGGCGGCCGUCUUCCACUACUUUCUGCUCUGCACCUUCACCUGGAUGGGCCUGGAAGCCUUCCACCUCUACCUGCUCGUCAUCAAGGUCUUCAACACCUACUUUGGGCACUACUUCCUGAAGCUGAGCUCCGUGGGCUGGGGCCUGCCUGCCCUCAUCGUCUUUGGCACCGGGACUGCGGACAGCUAUGGCCGCUACACCAUCCGUGACAAGAGCAACGUCACCACCCUGGAGCUGUGCUGGUUCCAGGAGAAGACGGAUGUCUCUGUCCUCUAUGUCACCGUCCACGGCUACUUCAUCGUCACCUCCCUCUUCAGUGCUGUGGUCCUGGGUCUGGUGGCCUGGAAGAUUUUCACUCUGCCCAGGGCCACAGCAGGCAAGGAGCAGGGACCGAACUGGAAGGGGGUCCUCACCGUGCUGGGGCUCUCCAGCCUGGUGGGCGCCACGUGGUGGCUGGCCAUCCUCACGCCGCUGGGCUGGUCCACCAUCUAUAUCUUCGCCCUCUUCAACUCCUUGCAAGGUGUCUUCAUCUUCUGCUGGUUCACCAUGCUCUACUUCCCCAGCCGGAGCGCCGUGGCCUUCUCCUCUAGCGUGCCCCGAGCCGACCAGGUCCACACCAUGUCUCAUGAAUAGGAGGCCUCCGUGGGGUCAGGCUGGGAACCGGCCUCACGUUCUGGACUCAGCUCUGACUCCCCAGGUGGCCUCAGGCUGCCCCCUGUCUCGCUCUGGGCUUCAGUUUCCAUGUUUUUACAAUGCGGCUGGGGAGGGAGGAGAUGGGGACCAGGGGGGACCACCUGGCCUCAAAGGUUCCGUCCAGAUACUCUGAUGGGUCCUGAAGUCCACGAAUCGAGGAUAGUAGGAAUCUAAGUUUCUGAUUCCCCGAAGACCCCUGCCAGCACAGAGAGGUGCCCCCUCAUCCCUACCCCCACCUGAAGACCCCUGCCAGUACCGCCCCCUCUCCCCACCCCCACCUCCUCUGCCUUCAUAGCCAAGCAGCUCACCUCUGCCUUUGGCCACCUUCUGGUCUCCCCUUGAAGGAACCCAGCCUCUCCCCUUCCUCCCCCUUCCAUUGCCCCCCCACACCCCCACCCUAUGGCUGCCUGUCCCCACCCCCUCAGGCACUGGGGCAGUUGUGGACUAGAGCUUUAGGUCUAUCUUCAAGGAAUGAGCUCCCGCCAUUCAACGGGCUGCCAACCCUCCAGCUCUCCCGGGACACAGAAUUUCAGAGAAUGCCAUUUCUUCGGUAGUGGAUGUCAUACCACUAGUGGCUGCCCCCGGGUUCUGACGGCUGCUUGUGUGGUCCGACCUCCAAUCCGCCCGUCCCUGUGAGCUGGAGGGCGAAUGGUCCAGAGCUCUGCACAUGGGAGGGCCGAGGGCCAGGGCAGGGGAGCCGCGGGUGGAGCUAAGCGGAGAGAGAGCAGGCUUUUCCCCCAGAAUCCCAUGCAGCAGGCACGUCGGCCUCACUCCCCAGCUCAGCCCGGCCCGAGCCUGGCACGGUUCAGGCCCCAAAUAAGUAUCUGUUGGCUGAAGAGCUGGAUGUGCGAGUUUGGUAUCUGCUGGGCAGGGUUCUGAGCUGGGGAGGGUCUUGGGCCAGAUGCAGCACGGGUCUGUGUCACCUCCAGUGGCUGGCCUCUGUUUCACAACAUUGCGCUGGUUUCCUCAGUAGGAAA